ACCGAAAAAUAAAAGAACUCAACUACAAGACUGGAAGAAAAGAAGUGGUAGUUAACUACAAUUUAACUACAUACUUUGAGACCAAAAAACAAAAACUUAACUACAGAACUGGAAGAAAAGAAGUGGUAGUUAAAUGCAAAUUAACUACAUACCCAAAACCAAAUGAUGAAAGAACUGAACUACAGGAUCGGAAGAAAAGAAGUA